UCAGCUGUCAGGUGUCAGCCAUCACUGGCUAAGCUAAUAGUGUCAGUGUUUUUGUUUUUAUUUGGAGGUUAUAAACAUUAAAAAACUUGUUAAUGUAGGAAAAACAGAUCAGUAAAGACGAAUGAUUGUUACACUAAUUAAGUAAGAAAUAUGUCGUCGAAUGUAAUGAAAGUACCGGCUGAGGAAGUAUUAUUUGAAGAUGUGUGCACCAUGCUAGACAGUAUAGCUAAAGCCAAGAAGAAAUACGAGAAAAUUACAAUUUUGACAAAUUAUGUUGACGACUUUAGGUUAAAAGUGGCUCAAAUCACUGAACCAAAGGAUCCAAGUUUCUACCCUAUAUUAAGAUUGCUGCUGCCUGGAUUAGAAAAAGAGCGAAGUUACAACUUGAGAGAGAAGAGACUUGGCAGCAAAUUAGUACAGGCCCUCGCUUGGGAUGAAAAGUCAUCAGGUUCUCAAAAGUUAUUGAAUUACCGAGCGAAUAAUAGAAAUCAAAAGGAUUUUGCUACAGUUGUAUGUGAAGAAUUAAGAUAUACGGUGUCGGAAAAAUCAAUAUUAACUGUAGGAAAUAUUAACGAAAUUCUUCAUAAGAUCGCUAAUGUGGAGAAUGGGAAGCCACCUACACUCGAACACGUGUUAACUUCAGUGUUAAAGAGAAUAAAUGUGAAACAAUUGAAAUGGUUUCUGCGGAUUAUUCUAAAGGAGAUGAAACUAAACAUGGGCCAUUCGCGUAUAUUCGAAGCGUACGAUUCAGAAGCCGAGUAUAUUUACGAUAAUUGCAAUGAUUUGAAAAAGGUUUGUGAAAGCAUCGAGAAAGGGAAUACACGGCCGUCACAGAUGGGUGUAGAAAUUUUCCAUUCAAUAAGUCCAAUGCUUUUGAGCCCUUUACCUAUAACUAAACUACAUGCUCUGUCAUUCACGGACACUUAUAUAACUGAAGAGAAAUAUGACGGAGAAAGAUUUCAGAUCCACAUGGAAAAUCAUAUAUAUAAGUAUUUUACAAGAAGGGGCUAUGAGAGACAUAAUUUUGGCAAAACCUAUGAUUCAGGAAUGUUGACGCCAUUGCUUAAAAAUUGUUUCGCGCCUAAUGUAAAAAGUUUCGUAUUAGACGGUGAGAUGAUGGGAUGGAACGAAGAAGACGAAGAGUUCGGAUCAAAAGGCAUGAAUUUUGACGUGAAAGCCUUGAAGGAUCAUUCGGAAUUCAAACCGAGCUUCUGCGCUUUCGAUAUACUUUAUUACAAUGGAGUCUCAUUGGUUGGUCCGGCGGAAAAGGGCGGUUUACCGCUCAUUAAACGUCUCGAAAUUCUCGACGAACUAUUCACAGACAUUCCGCAAGUUUUAUUCCAUAGUAAGAGAGAGACUGUCCAAGACAAUUCAGAUAUAGUUGCCGCUUUUAAUAAAUCUGUGGCUGAAGAAAAAGAAGGUAUCACCAUCAAGAACACGCAGUCGUACUACCUCGCUAACCGACGUAACGGCGGCUGGUACAAGACAAAGGGCGAAUAUAAUAAAAGCACAAUACAAGAUCUCGAUUUGGUAAUAAUUGGCAAACGUGCAGGACGAUAUUACGUUGCUUGCGUAGACAAUUCAGGCGAUAGUGCACAGUGGCUGUGUAUGUGCGGCGUGGGUAACUUAGGCGCGGCGGUGCGCGGGGCCCUCAACGCGCGCUUGCAGCCGCACUGGCGCCGCCGCGCUGAUCACCCCGCGCCCCCACAUCUACACUUCAAUAAGCAGUACAUCGAUCAUUGGAUACCACCGGAAAAAUCUGUCGUCUUACAGGUGCGAGCUUCGGAGUUAGUGAAAUGCGAGAAUUACGGCACGCCGUACACGUUGCGUUUCCAACGCGUAGUCAAAGUCCGCUAUGACAAGCCUGUGCACGAUAUACUGACCUUGAGAGAGUUUGAAGAAAUAGUGUCGUCUGACUCGAAAGUUGUGAAGCUCAGUAAAACUAUUAGCGAAGAUAGUAUCGACAGUUUAGCCAACAUUCCUCACAAGAGGCGUGUGAAGAAGCCUCUGCAGGUGGCCGAGCAGUUCAGGCAGCAGCGCGCCGCCGACCUGCUCGUCAAAUCCAAAGCACUCCUCGGCAGGAAGGUCUGCAUACUCUCGGAUGACUAUGAUUGCAGCAAAUCAGAACUUAUCAAAAUAUUGGAGGCGCACGGCGGCGUACAUACAGAACACUAUGGUGCAGAAACGUGGUGUUGUGUGGCGGGUACACUCACAUAUUAUGUCAAAAAUCUUAUAGAAUUGAAAUCUAAAGACGAAUCAGCGCUAGAUAUAGUCAGUUCCGCCUGGCUGAGGAAUCUACCUGACUCAGAUGAACUCUGCUCUUUGUCGCCCUUGGAAUUUUUGUCAAUAAAAAAGGAAACUAGGCUCAAAAUGGGAGUAUAUUUCGAUAGAUUCGGUGAUAGCUACACUGAGUUACUGAAUGUUGAGACAUUGAGAAAAUGCUUCGAGAAAAUGGACAGUGAUAAACCACCCAUAUACCUAACAACGCAAGAGAAAAUAAAUGUAGACAAAGUUCUAUUUGAUAAUAAUAAUCCAUAUUCUUAUUUGCGUUGUUGUUUUCUUGCAAUUCCAAAUAGCGAUAGUCUUUACACUAUACGAGCUAAAAUGUAUGGAGCUAAUUUAUGUGAUAUGGAUUGUGUCAAUGUUACACACGUCGUUUUACCCAAAAUGGCGUCGAACGAAGACAAGAUGGCGGCGAAAACUAGCGAAGCUUUUGUAGUGAGUGAAGAAUGGUUAGACACGUGUUUUAACGAAGGAAGACACGUGCAAGAAAAAUCGUUUUUAUUUUUUUAUUAAAAAAUCA